AUGCCAAAGUUAAUUCUUAUCAGACACGGUCAAUCCGAAUGGAAUGAAAAAAACUUGUUCACCGGUUGGGUUGAUGUUAAAUUAUCCGCCGUUGGUGAAAAGGAAGCCGCAAGAGCCGGUCAACUGUUGAAGGAAAAGAAGGUCUACCCAGAUGUUCUAUACACCUCCAAGUUGACCAGAGCCAUCCAAACUGCUAACAUUGCUUUGGCCAACGCUGACAGAUUGUGGAUCCCUGUUGAAAGAUCAUGGAGAUUGAACGAAAGACACUACGGUGCUUUGCAAGGUAAGGACAAGGCUGAAACCUUGGAAAAAUACGGUGAAGAAAAAUUCACCACCUGGAGAAGAUCUUUCGACAUCCCACCACCAGAGAUCGAAGCUGACUCUCCAUACUCCCAAAAGGGUGAUGAAAGAUAUUCAGACGUUGAUCCAAACGUUUUGCCACAAACCGAGUCUUUAGCUUUGGUCAUCGACAGAAUGUUGCCAUACUGGCAAGAUGUUAUCGCCAGAGACUUGUUGGCUGGUAAGACUGUUUUGGUCACCGCUCACGGUAACUCUUUGAGAGGUCUAGUUAAGCACUUGGAAGGUAUCUCUGAUGCUGACAUUGCCAAAUUGAACAUUCCAACUGGUAUUCCAUUGGUUUUCGAAUUGGAUGACAACUUGAAACCAACUAAGCCAUCUUACUACUUGGACCCAGAAGCUGCUGCUGCUGGUGCCGCUGCUGUUGCAGCUCAAGGUAAGAAGAAAUAA